GAGGAUUCCCGGACGCCCGCGAGCAAACGGGCAAGAGGCUGCAGCGCCGGGGAGGGCUAGGCGGCAACAGCUGGAGCACGUGCUGACGAGGCGCUCAGUCCGCGUCGGCUUAAGGCUCGGGCGUCGCUGAGGAAGGCGUGGAGUUGGCCGGCGCCGCCAUGGGUGACGAGGACUGGGAUGCGGAGAUUACAGAGCGUAGUAGUGGAGGGGGAAGUGGGGCUUUGCCCGUUUUCCAGCCCAGCUUCCAGAAGCCGGGCAGCAUACCCAUAAGAACAAAUGAGGCCUCAUGCAAUUUCAGUCAGAGUGUAAAACUGCCAGGAAGCUUUUCCUCUGAAAACAGAGUCCCUUGGGAUCAUAGAUUUGGAGGUGUUGGAGAAAAACCUAAUGGUGAAGAGGAACAAAGAGGUGGAUUUGGAAGUGGAAGAAUUUUUGGAAACAGAGAAAUUUCAGAUAAGGAAGACAGCCAGAGCCAGUCAAACAAAUGGGGCCCAAGGAGAGGUGGUUUUCAAGGAAUGAAUUGUGUUGGUGCUCUUCGUAGACCUGGAAGAGGAUCAUUCAGAGGUGGUAGAGGAGGAUUUGGGCAAUUUACAAAUGAUGUAAAUGAGAAGCAAGAUGGAAAACCGAAUUCUGUCAGCUUAGAUUUUAAAAGAGGAGGGUUUGGUGCUACAUCAGGUGAUUUUGAAACUAGAAGAGGAUUUGGAAGCAGAGGGGGUUAUAAAGGAAGCAAUGAAGAAGUAAAUGUGAUUUCUGGAAAAAGCAUGUGGAAAUCAGAUGGUGAUGCAGAAAGGGGUGACAGUGCAGGUCCAAAGGUAACAUAUGUACCACCACCACCACCAGAUGUUGAAGAUGCAAUCUUCGCGCAUUACCAGACAGGAAUAAAUUUUGAUAAAUAUGAUCAUAUUCUUGUGGAAGUUUCAGGGCUUGAUCCUCCACCAGCGAUAUUGAACUUUGAAGAAGCUGAUCUGUGUCAAACCUUAAUAAAGAACAUAGCCAGAGCUGGAUAUUUUAAACUUACUCCUGUGCAGAAAUACAGUAUUCCAAUUGUGCUGGCAGGACGUGACUUAAUGGCAUGUGCACAAACAGGAUCUGGAAAAACAGCAGCUUUUCUUAUACCAAUUUUAGCUCACAUGAUGCGAGAUGGAGUGACUGCUAGUCAAUUCAAAGAGCAACAAGAACCAGAAUGUAUAAUAAUAGCACCAACCAGAGAACUGAUAAAUCAAAUCUUUCUGGAAUCAAGAAAAUUUUCAUAUGGAACUUGUAUAAGACCUGUUGUGGUUUAUGGAGGUAUACAAAUGGGCCAUACUAUUAAUCAGAUAAUGCAAGGUUGUAAUAUAUUGUGUGCUACCCCAGGAAGACUUUUGGAUAUCAUAGGCAGAGAAAAGAUUGGGCUGAGCAAAUUAAAAUAUUUGGUGUUAGAUGAAGCUGAUCGUAUGCUGGAUAUGGGAUUUGGCCCUGAUAUAAAGAAAUUAAUUUCAUCUCCAGGCAUGCCAUCAAAAGACAAACGCCAAACAUUAAUGUUUAGUGCCACGUUCCCUGAUGAAAUCCAAAGGCUUGCUGGAGAAUUUUUGAAGACAGAGUACUUAUUUGUUGUUGUUGGACAAGUGGGAGGAGCAUGCAGUGAUGUUCAGCAGACCAUACUUCAAGUGACUCAAUAUGACAAGAGAGAUAAGCUUGUUGAAAUUCUUAAUGACAUAGGUGAUAAACGGACUAUGGUGUUUGUGGAAACGAAGAAAAAAGCAGAUUUUUUUGCAACCUUCCUUUGCCAGGAAAACAUAGCAACCACGAGUAUUCAUGGUGAUCGGGAGCAGAAAGAGAGAGAAGAAGCCCUUCGUUAUUUUCGUUCUGGCAAAUGCUCUGUUCUUGUUGCUACAUCUGUAGCAGCAAGAGGUCUGGAUAUAGAAAAUGUUCAACAUGUUAUAAAUGUUGAUCUCCCUUCCACAAUUGAUGAAUAUGUUCAUAGGAUUGGACGAACUGGGCGUUGUGGUAAUACAGGCAAAGCAAUUUCUUUCUUUGAUCCUCAGUCAGACAGUGCUAUUGCACAGCCUCUAAUCAAAGUGCUUGUAGAUGCUCAACAAGAAGUUCCAGCAUGGUUAGAAGAAAUUGCUUGUAGUUCAGGUGGAAUUGGUUUUAGUAACCCAAAGGGAAAUAUGUUUGCAGCUGUUGAUUCCCGAAAGGUUUUCCGUGGCAAAGACAAUCAUCACAGUGGAGGAUUUGCAGCAUCAAAUAUAAGUGCAGCAGAUGAGUCCUGGGAUUAAAUCUACCUUUUAUCAUAGAACAGUAUUCCUAAUGUGUUAUACUAAAUCUUCCAAACAAAGUAGUUUUGGGGAAACCUGGCUGGAUCCUGACCAAAUUUACUUGAUUGUCUAUGAUUUCAGUGGGACUUACUUCUAGGUAUAUGUGUUUAGGAUUAUAACAUGUUUAAGAAACCAUUGACGUUUCUGCCUUCCCAUGUUCAGGAAAGGUGGGUUUCAGGCAUUUGACUUAUUUAGCUAAUGUAAGUUUAAUGGUUGUGUGAAGUAACACAAUUUGUUGUAAAGGACUGUUGUAAAUGAUUGUAAAAAUGAUUAAUAAAAACUUGUAAUCA